AUGGACAGAGGCCGAAGAGCGAGACGUGCGAGUGAUAGAGAAGAAAAAGAGAGUGCUCGGGGAGGAGCAUCCAGACACACUGACCAGUAUGGCAAAUCUUGCGUCGACGUACAGGAAUCAAGGACGAUAGAAGGAGGCGGAAGAGCUAGACGUGCGAGUGAUGGAAACAAGAAAGAGGGUGCUUGGGGAGGAGCAUCCUUCCACGCUGACCAGUAUGGCGAAUCUAGCGUCGACAUUUUGGAAUCAAGGAUGAUGGACGGAGGCAGAAGAGUUGGACGUGCGGGUGAUGGAGAAGAAAAGAUGGUGCUUAAGGAGGAACAUCUAGACACGCUGACCAGUAUGGAGAAUCUGGUGUCGACGUUUUGGAAUCAAGGACGAUGGACGGAGGCAGAAGAGAUGUUUGUGUGA